GAAUCUGAGUGUUUCCAUUUUCCAAAAGUAAAGUUAAUAAAAAAUCCUAAUUUUGUUUCCAAAAUAGCCCCAACGCCAUCAUCCUACUUUAAAAAUGGUUCCGUCCAUCGUGCUGAGCAAGAACCUUCUUAGACACGUGGCAUAAUCUUAGGUCUCCUUCUCUAGCCCUCACCUGCCCUAUCGCUUUUUCUGUAGUCUCCUUCUCACAAUUCCGGAACCUUCUUCUCCUCAUCUCAUCUCAUCUCGGAAGAUCCUCAGUAUGGCGUCACCAACAGCUCUGAUUUCUGAGACCCAGGCCUGGAAGGAUUUGAAGGGGCAUGUUGAAGAUAUUAACAAGACUCAUUUGCGUGAUUUGAUGAGUGAUGCACACAGAUGCGAGUCCAUGAUGUUGGAAUUUGAGGGGCUGCUGUUGGAUUAUUCUCGACAGCGUGCAACUGUGGAGACAAUGGACAAGCUUCUGAACUUGGCUAAGGCUGCACAUUUGUCAGAGAAGAUCAGCCGCAUGUUCAAUGGGGAGCAUAUUAACAGUACGGAGAACAGGUCAGUGCUUCAUGUUGCACUCCGUGCUCCAAAGGAUGCAGUUAUUAAGGCCGAUGGGAAGAAUGUGGUUCCUGAAGUGUGGAAUGUUUUAGACAAGAUCAAGGAUUUUUCUGAGAAAAUUCGCUCUGGUUCAUGGGUUGGAGCCACUGGCAAACCGCUGAAAGAUGUCAUUGCAAUUGGUAUUGGUGGUAGCUUCUUAGGUCCACUUUUUGUGCACACGGCUCUUCAAACAGAUCCUGAAGCUGCAGAGUGUGCCAAAGGACGUCAACUGCGUUUCCUUGCAAAUAUUGAUCCUGUUGAUGUUGCUAGAAAUAUCAAUGGACUAAAUCCAGAAACUACCCUAGUUGUGGUGGUCUCAAAAACGUUUACUACGGCUGAAACAAUGCUGAACGCUAGGACAUUGAGGAAUUGGAUUACAACUGCUCUUGGGGCUCCGGCUGUUGCAAAACACAUGGUUGCUGUCAGCACUAAUCUUGCGUUAGUGGAGAAGUUCGGCAUUGAUCCGAACAAUGCAUUUGCAUUUUGGGACUGGGUUGGUGGAAGGUACAGUGUUUGCAGUGCUGUUGGAGUCUUACCAUUGUCUCUACAGUAUGGCUUCUCUGUGGUUGAGAAGUUUUUAAAGGGAGCUUCAAGCAUUGAUCAGCAUUUCCAGUCCACACCGUUUGAGAAGAAUAUACCCGUGCUUUUAGGGUUAUUGAGUGUAUGGAAUGUAUCAUUUCUUGGAUAUCCUGCCAGGGCCAUCUUACCUUACUCCCAAGCCCUUGAGAAAUUUGCUCCGCAUAUUCAACAGGUUAGUAUGGAGAGUAAUGGAAAGGGAGUUUCAAUUGAUGGUCUACCUCUCCCGUUCGAGACUGGUGAGAUUGAUUUUGGUGAACCUGGAACAAAUGGCCAACACAGCUUUUACCAACUCAUUCACCAGGGACGCGUAAUCCCUUGUGAUUUCAUUGGCACUGUGAAGAGUCAGCAACCUGUGUACUUGGAGGGAGAGGUUGUCAGUAACCAUGACGAGCUUAUGUCCAACUUUUUUGCUCAGCCUGAUGCUCUUGCAUAUGGAAAAACACCUGAACAGCUGCAGAAAGAGAAUGUUUCAGAGAAUCUCAUUCCUCACAAGACAUUCUCCGGCAACCGACCUUCUCUUAGCCUUCUACUUCCGGAACUGAGUGCUUACAAUGUUGGCCAGUUGUUGGCGAUCUAUGAACACAGAGUGGCGGUUCAAGGCUUUGUGUGGGGUAUCAAUUCGUUUGACCAGUGGGGAGUUGAGCUAGGAAAAGUUCUGGCUACUCAGGUGAGGAAACAGCUUCAUUCGUCACGUACUCAGGGAGCUGCUCCCGAGGGAUUCAAUUACAGUACCACAACACUUUUGAAACGAUAUCUCGAGACAAGUCCCGAGCCGAAGAUGUGAAGUUGCAUCAGACGAACAAGUUUUUCUCCUUUCAAUCAAACGUGCAACGUCCCAGUUUUUUUUUUCUCUUUCUUCUGUUGUCCUAAUAAAUAUACUUUUGAUUGCUACUCUUUUGUUAUUAUCCUGAUAUAACAACAUAAACUCCAAACUCCCUAAAAUCAGAAUUCGGAGCAUUAUAUCGGAGAGCCUUUUUUUUAUAUUGCAGUAUAUGCAAAUAAUGACAUUUGAGAA